CCACACAGCACUGAGCAGAGCAGUCGACAUAGACGCGAAGUUACCUCACUCGUCCUCACAACAGCAUCUCACCUUCAAGCGGCCCUUCCCACCAUCAGACGAAAACAAGACAACAUCGCGCAUACCGAGGAAAUAUUGACAAACUGAAAUUUAACGGAGGUAUUACGGAGCAAUACAGAGUGUUGCGUUAAAUAUGUAGCCUAUCCCAACGCGAUUUUAUUUAGAUUUCCAUUCAUAACGGACCUGUUCUGCGGCAAGCUCAACAAACAAUUGUAACGUAGAAAUAAGAUAUUUCAGCCGGAAAUCAGGCUGCAUAUUUUUCAAGCAUCACCAUUUAAAGCAUAUCGAGAAAGGACGCAGUUUGCCUUUCCGUUACUUAUUUGACGCUCGACUGGGCCUGCCAGAUUCUCAGCAAGCCUUUCACCAGCACAUCAGUUGAAUUUGCGCAAUGGCCGAUGCUCCUACAGAGUGUAACAUAAAAGUGCUCUGUCGCUUUCGCCCUCUGAAUCAAUCCGAAAUACUGCGUGGAGAUCAAUUCAUCCCCAAAUUCCUUGGAGAUGACACCGUGUCAGUUGGGGGGAGGUCCUACAUGUUCGACCGGGUGUUUCCCACCAACACCACCCAGGAGCAGGUCUACAACACCUGCGCUAAGCAGAUCGUCAAGGAUGUGCUGGGAGGGUACAAUGGGACUAUCUUCGCAUAUGGACAGACCGCCUCCGGGAAAACCCACACCAUGGAGGGGAAGCUGCAUGAUCCCAACCAGAUGGGUAUCAUCCCCAGGAUCGCUGAAGAUAUCUUCAACCACAUCUUUGCCAUGGAUGAGAACCUUGAGUUCCAUAUCAAGGUCUCCUACUUUGAGAUCUACAUGGAUAAGAUUCGUGACCUCCUGGAUGUGACGAAGACCAACUUGGCGGUCCACGAAGACAAGAAUAGGGUUCCGUAUGUGAAGGGCUGCACCGAGCGCUUCGUCUCCAGCCCUGAUGAGGUCAUGGACGUCAUUGACGAGGGCAAGUCCAACCGCCAUGUGGCCGUGACCAACAUGAACGAGCACAGCUCCCGCAGCCACAGCAUCUUCCUGAUCAACAUCAAGCAGGAGCACGUGGAGACGGAGCAGAAGCUGUGUGGGAAACUCUACCUGGUGGACCUGGCUGGCAGCGAGAAGGUGACACACACACACAUGGUCACCCUACACACACCGUCACCCUACACACACGGUCACCCUACACACACCAAGACCCAUGUCCCAUACAGGGACAGUAAGAUGACUCGUAUCCUUCAGGACUCCCUCGGGGGGAACUGCAGGACCACCAUGUUCAUCUGCUGUUCCCCUUCAUCCUACAACGAUGCUGAGACCAAGUCCACGCUCAUGUUCGGACAACGGGCCAAGACCAUCAGGAACACUGCCUCCAUCAACCUGGAGCUGACUGCUGAGCAGUGGAAGAAGAAGUACGAAAAGGAGAAGGAGAAGAACAAGACCAUGAAGGAGACCAUCCUGAGGCUGGAGGCUGAACUCAACCGCUGGCGCAAUGGGGAGGAUGUCCCAGAGACGGAGCAGACCGUGGCUGAUGUGGUGGUGCGUAUGGAUACUGUGGAGGAGCGCCCUCUGCUGGACAACGGGACCUCCUCCAUCGUGGUGCGCAUCUCAGAGGAGGAGCGGCAGAAGUACGAGGAGGAGAUACGCAAGCUGUACAAGCAGCUGGACGACAAGGAUGAUGAGAUUAACCUGCAGUGCCAGCUGGUCGAGAAGCUGAAGGAGCAGAUGAUGGACCAGGAUGAGCUGCUGGCGUCCUCCCGCGGGGACGGGGACAAGGUGCAGGCGGAGCUGGGCCGUCUGCAGGUGGAGAGUGACUGUGCCAAGGCGGAGGUGAAGGAGGUGCUGCAGGCCCUGGAGGAGCUGGCCAUCAACUACGACCAGAAGAGCCAGGAGGUGGAGGAGAAGGGCUUGCAGAACCAGCUGCUGGCUGACCAGCUGGCCCAGAAGAUGGCUAGCCUGAUGGAGCUGGAGGCAGAGUUGUCUCACAUGCAGGAAGUGAGUGGUCAGCAGAGGAAACGCAUCGCUGACGUCCUGAAUGGUCUGAUGAGGGACCUGAGCGAGUUCAGCGCCAUUGUGGGAAAUGGCGAGAUCAAGCUGCCGGUGGAGAUCAGCGGGGCGAUCGAGGAGGAGUUCACCGUGGCCCGUCUCUACAUCUCCAAGAUCAAGUCGGAGGUGAAGUCCAUGGUGAAGCGCUGCAGGCAGCUGGAGAACCUGCAGCUCGAGUGCCACCGCAAGAUGGAGGAGACCGGCAGAGAGCUGUCCUCCUGCCAGCUCCUCAUCUCCCAGCAUGAGGCCAAGAUCCGCUCCCUGACGGAGUACAUGCAGGCUGUGGAGCAGAAGAAGAGGCUGCUGGAGGAGAGCCACGACUCCCUCAGCGAGGAGCUGGCCAAGCUGCAGGACCCAGAUAACUCUCUGAUCGAGGAGAAGGAUGGGGAGAAGGGCGAGAUGGAGGAAGGAAACGUCAAGGAGAGGUCUCGCCAGCAGGGGGAGACCCACCGUGGCCUCCACCACAAGCAGCUGGCGCGCCUGCGCGACGAGAUCAACGAGAAGCAGAGGGUCAUCGAUGACCUCACUGAUCGUAACCUGAAGCUGGAGGUGGAGCUGGCCCAGGUGCGCGCCGACUUUGACCGUCUGAAAAGCCAGGACAACACCAAGAGCGAGCGUCUGGAGGAACUGUCCUUUCUCCAUGAGCGUCAUGAGCAGACCAAACAGGACCUCAAAGGUCUGGAGGAGACUGUGGCCCGCGAGCUCCAGACCCUCCACAACCUGCGCAAGCUGUUCGUUCAAGACCUCACGUCGCGGGUUAAAAAAAGUGAUUCCGAAAUGGAGCCUGAUGACAGUGGGGGGUCUUGCACCCAGAAACAGAAGAUUUCCUUUCUGAAUAACCUGGACCAACUUACAAAGGUUCACAAACAGCUGGUUCGUGACAAUGCAGAUCUGCGUUGUGAGCUUCCAAAGCUGGAGAAGCGUCUGCGGUCUACUGCUGAGAGAGUUAAGGCCCUGGAGACGGCACUGAGGGACGCCAAGGAGGGCGCCAUGAUCGACCGCCGGCGCUACCAGCAGGAGGUCGACCGCAUCAAGGACGCCAUGAGGGCCAAGAACGCGCUGAGGCGCCCCCAUGCCGCACAGAUCGCUAAGCCCGUGAGACCAAAGCAGCUUCCAGUCUGCUCUCCCACCAACCCCUUCUACACCCGCCCCAGCGAGCCCUCCAACACCUACAGCAACGCCCUCUUCCAGAGCUCCCUGUCAGGCCAGCCCUCCUCCCCUGUACCCAGCUCCGUCCAGACCAACACAGUUUCCACAGCGCUGGGCUACAGAGCAGCCAGACCCACAGACAUACUGGAAUCCUACCCACUCAACAUAGACAAUGGAAAUGCCAGAGAUAUCAAUGACAACAGAAGUGAUGCACACUGUGGCAGCGAGGUGGACGAUCCUAACAGACUGUACAUCAUUCAGCAGGAGACCGCAGCAAGUUAAUGCCAUGAUGACCUACCACUGUACUGGAGGAUCUGCACCCUCUCCCUGGACCACUGUACUGGAGGAUCUGCACCCUCUCCUUGGACCUGCAUGCCCCCUCCUCAUCUCACAGCCCCGCCAGCACCACACACAGCCCUGUAGUUCCCACGACUUACACACACACACACACACUAAGAAAACACACACAAACACCUCCCCCCCUGGGAUUAGAACUCACAGUGUAAAUAGUCAACUCAAGAAGAGGUCUCGACCGCCACUGUUUCUGUGUGUGUACACGGCCUUCUAUUGCGGCAUUAUACAGCAUUGCAAAGAUGAUAUGGCGCUUUCAUAACUACGUCCCUGCCACAUAUCUUUAAAUUGUUAUGCCAGCUUAUAACAAAGUUUCUCACUCUCUGCAUGUUGCUCAGCUAACUAGCCAUAGCAUAAAUCUUUGCAUGUGUCCUGAUGACUAGCUAUAAACUGGCAUAAACUUCACCAGCGGUCUCAUCUCUGUGAUGUCAUCAGGGAAAACAGCCGGUAGU